GUACUUAGUUCAUCUUACCUGUUUCACCACAGUCUAGUCAGUCACCUCUGUGGCUUUGCUAUCCAACAUAGUCGAAACAUUGGAGCUCUUUAGACGCUUUCGGUGUAUAUUUGCCUCUGUGUGUUAAACUUCUUUCGUGUAGCUAGUUGCCCUAUUUAAGUUCAUAUUUACGUUGUUAGACAGGUAGCUAGCUAAGUUAGCUUAGCACCAGGCUACUCGUUAAUGCUAACAAGCAUUACCAACCAUGAGCUCACUAAGCUACUCCCCUCUUGCUAAAGAAGAGGAGGUCUGCUGGACGGAGAAAGAAGCUCUGGGGCUGAACGUUGUCGUAAAAGAAGAGGAAGAUGGUACAGUAAAAGGAGAGGAAGAUGCUUUCAGAAUGAAAGAGGAGGAAGAGGUAGAGGAAUCUUUUAGAGGGAAAGAGGAAGAGGGGAUAGAGGCUGUCACAGUGGAAGAAGAGGAGAUAGACGUUUUCAGAAUGAAAAAUGAGGAAGAGGAGGCCAUAACAUUGAAAGAAGAAGAGGAGGAUAUUAUAGUGAAAGAAGAGGAAGAACAUUUUAGAGUGAAAGAUGAAGAGGCGAUAGAGGCUGUCACAGUGAAAGAAGAAGAGGUAGAAGCUUUCAGAAUGAAAAAUGAGGAAGAGGAGGCCAUAACAUUUAAAGAAGAAAAGGAGGAUAUUAUAGUGAAAGAACCUUUUGGAGAGGAAGAGGAGGCUAUCUUACAUAAAGAGGAGGAUGAAGACUUAUUGGGAGAUGAAGAGGAGGUGGAAGGAGAGGAAGAGGAGACUGAAGAUCUGAUUAUCACCAGGGAGAGACCAGACUCUCACUCUGACAGCGGGAAGAGUCCUUCAGAGAAUCCAGACCCAGAGACGCCCAAACCAGCGACAGGACACAACUGCUCCCAGUGUGGAAAGAGUUUUAAGUGGUUAUCUAAGCUCAAAGAGCAUGAGAGAACACACGCAGGAAAAAAGCUCUUCCAAUGUCCCCAGUGUGAAAAGGGUUUUACAUGGUUAAGGCACCUGAAAGAGCAUGAGAGGAUACACACAGGAGAGAAGCCUUUCCAAUGUCCCCAGUGUGGAAAGGGUUUUACAUGGUUAAGGCACCUGAAAGAGCAUGAGAGGAUACACACAGGAGAGAAGCCUUUCCAUUGCUCCCAGUGUGGAAAGCGUUAUACUCGAUUAGCACACCUAAAAAUACAUGAGAGAAUUCACUCUGGAGUGAAGGCUUACCUCUGUUCCCAGUGUGGAAAGAAUUUUAGGUGGUUAGAGAACCUGAAGCAGCACGAAAGGACACAUACAGGGGAGAAGCCUUACCAUUGCGCUCAGUGUGGAAAGGAUUUUACCACAUUAGGGAACGUAAAAGAGCAUAAGAAGAAACACACAGGAGAAAAACCUUUACAAUGUUCCAAGUGUGGAAAGAGAUUUACACAUUUAGGAAAUCUGAAAAGGCAUGAAGGAAUACACACAGGAGAAAAACUCUACCACUGCUCUCACUGUGGAAAGCGUUUUACCCAGUUAGGGUAUUUGAAAAAACACGAGAAAAUACACUCUGAAGAAAAGCCUUAUCCCUGUUCCCACUGUGGAAAGAGUUUUCGGUGGUUAGGGGACCUGAAAGAGCAUGAGAGGACGCACACAGGGGAGAAACCUUACCAUUGCUCCUUGUGCGGUAAGGAUUUUACCAAGUUAGGGAACCUAAAAGAGCAUAAGAAGAAACACACCGGAGAAAAGCCUUACCAAUGCUCCAUGUGUGAAAAGACCUUUACCCAGUUAGGGGGCCUGAAAUAUCAUGAGGGGACACACACAGAAAAAAAGACCUACCACUGCUCUCAGUGUCAAAAGACAUUUACCCGAUUAGGGAACCUGAAAAAGCAUGAGAGAAUACACACACUCAGGUAGAGUGCAUCGGAGGAGGAUUCUAAUUGCACUGAGAAGUCAGGUGGGGCAGUGAGUGGAUGUGCUUGUUUUGAAAUCAAACCGUGUAGCUGCGUGUACACAGUUGUUUAUUUUCUUUGCUAGUUAUUAGCCCAGUUGUAGCUCAUUUCUGGUCAGCAAUGGAGAGUGAUGGCUUCCUACGGGUACAUACACAGGAGGAGAAGACAUACCACUGCUCUCAGUGUGGAAAGACAUUUUCCCAGGCAGAGGACCUGAAAUCACAUGAGAAAAUAGAGAGGCUGUGUUCUGACUUGUGUGUUUUUAUUUUAAUUUUAAUAAACUUGCAAAAAUG